AUGGGCAUUUUCCGCAAGGUAUUCAUGAACGCUGCUGGAGUUCGUGAGGAGCCCCGAAAAGGUUCUUACGAAUGGAAGAAAGAACAUCUAACACCUGAACAAUUGAGCCGAACUAUGAAUAACGAAGGGAGAUACAGUGGAAAGAAACUGCCCGCCGUUGAGGACCUGUUAUGUCGACUGAAGUACACGGCAACGAAGACGCUACAGUUCGUAACAGAACUUCAAGAUCCAUUGCUCCGUGAAGUACGUCUCAGAAUGCUCCGUCGACUAGAUGGACAACACAGACAUGGAAGGAAGUCAUGUUGUGCAGAAAAAGAUUUUGAAGUGCAGCCGAAUGAAGUAUUCAAGUGCGGACUUGGCAGAUAUUUCAAGUUGUUGUUGAAGGACAACGCAGUACCUGUUUUCAUGAAGAAGCCACCAGUACCCUGUGUCUCCGCGCCAGAUUUGGAUGCUGAAAUUGACCGGCCACAACAGGAGCAUCGCCAUAACUUGGAAGCGCUAUUCGGAAGGAUCCACGAAUACGGCUUCCGCGUCCGAUUGGAAAAGUGUAACUUUUUGAUGGCUCAGAUCCGUUAUCUCGGAUACAUCAUAGAUAAGGACGGACGCCAUCCUGACCCAGAGAAGAUCGAGGUCAUCCGCCAGAUACCAGUACCGAAGAACGUGGCAGAGCAGAUUACGGAUUCGAUGAUCUGUGCACUGGAAGCUGCUGCGUAUCUGGAUGACGUGAUAGGCCGCACACAAAAGGAACAUCGCCGUAACUUGGAAGCGCUAUUCGGAAGAAUCCCUGAAUACGGAUUCUGUGUCCGAUUGGAGAAGUGCAACUUUUUGAUGACCAGAGAAGAUGAGGUCAAGAUGCCAGUAAGAUUGUGGCAGAGGGUUGCUCAUUCCUUGAUAUGA